AUUUGAAUCAGAAAUGGUUCACGUAAAGAUCUUAGAAGCCCGCUAACCAUUCGUUUUUACUUCUUUCAGAAGAUGAUUACCAAGCCUGAGGCCCAGCUAAUUUACUCGUUGGGGGUUCAAUGAGUCAGUGGCCGCGGUCGACGAAGUUCGCCUUGUCUGCUUGUGCAGCUGCUGUUGCUGAAAUAGUUACAUUCCCGCUGGACUUGACGAAAACCAGGCUUCAGAUCCAAGGUGAGGUUGCUCUUGGUAAACAUGCGAACGGAGGCAACGGUCAGAUGGUGUACCGGGGGAUGCUGCGCACUGCCAUCGGGAUUGUGCGUGAAGAGGGCCCACUGAAGCUAUGGCAGGGUGUCACACCGGCCAUCUACAGACAUAUAGUGUAUUCGGGGGUGCGGAUGGUCGCCUACGAACAGCUUCGGGAUUUGGUGCUGGGCAGAAGAGCGGACGCCAGCUUUCCGUUUUGGAAAGCUGUGGUGGGGGGUAUGGUUGCGGGGGCUGUGGGCCAGUUCAUGGCCAGCCCCACGGACCUGGUGAAGGUGCAGAUGCAGAUGGAGGGCAGGCGCAGACUGGAGGGGAAGCCCCCUCGGGUGCAUGGCGUCUACCACGCUUUCCUGAAAAUCGUCUCUGAGGGAGGGAUCCGAGGCCUGUGGGCAGGGUGGGUCCCCAAUGUGCAAAGGGCUGCCCUGGUCAAUUUAGGAGAUCUUACGACAUACGACACAGUGAAGCACUUCUUACUGAGAAAUACCUCUCUCCAAGACAACAGUCUCUGUCAUGCUUUGGCAAGGUGGGUUCUUGAAAUAUUGAUUUAUUCUUGCUUCUUGUUUGGUAUGAAUUCAUCUGAUGAGAAGUAA